UUUUUUUUUAUGAAUAGAAUGGCAAAGAUUUGAAUAGAAUUCCAGGAAAGCGGACAUAACGUGCGGGAACACGCGAAAAUAGUAGAGAAGAUUAUGUCAGCAAACAACAACCGGACCAAAGCCGAGUUCUUUCUCUCAUCAGUGUCAUCACAAACCUUUCUUCCAUAGCCGAACACGCUCACUUCCCCAGACCAUCUUCCAUAGCCGAAUACGGUUGCAGGCAACGAUGGGUGGAGUGAUAAAGAAGUUUUUCGUUGCGUCAAUGUUUAUGUGGAUUGCUCCUGUUGCAAUUUUGUAUGGUUUUAACCAUAAUUUGCUUCCUGGUUCAACCCAUUUGUCUCCCUAUUCUUUGACACUGGUGAGUGGCUUCCUUGCUGUCAUCUCAGUCAACGUGGUUAUUGCGUUCUAUAUAUACAUGGCAAUGAAGGAACCAUCAGAUAAACAUGAGCCGGACCCUGCAUUCCUUGCUGAAGCCGAAGCUAGUGUCAGUCGGUCCACAAAUCAAGCUGAGGAUUCUUCUCAGUCCGAAAAGAAACAAGAUUAGUUUAAGCUCAAGCCUUUCUCAUGUACCAAAAAGAAGUGAAAAUGUGGAGUGACUAGAUAAUUGUUAAGAUUCCUCGUGAUGAAAUUGUCAUGUUUUAUAUUGCGAAUGUUAUUAGUUUCUUCUCUCUCUCAAUUUUGGUGGCACAUGUGAGAGAGUGGAUAUGAAACACACAUGUCAGUGUAGGCGGUUAGACAACCUAAUAUUUAUUUGAACAAGUGAGUCUUAUAUGAGUUGUCUUACAAGGUGCAACAAA